AAUAAAAUCGGUCACCAUUCUCUCUUCCUGUUGUGAAGUUAGCGGCAUGGAGAAGGCACGUUUAAUUUGAUCAGGAUCGAAACAGCAUUUUGCGUUGCAAAUAGAAUUGUAGCUAUCUGAACACUAUUUAAUUUGAUUUGUAAGACUGAAGCCUUUCAAAUACGUUUCUGUAAACGCAUUACCAUCAAACUAAUAGUAGCUAGCACAUUUAUAGCAAGCUGUGCUAACUGUAUUGUGUUGUCAUGCUUUAUGUUUCACAAUACUUGCUUACCACUUUGUAGCUCAGUCAAUUUUACUCGCGCGCUAUUGUUGCCAUCAUUCCCUCCCCAGCGCGUGUGUGUAAAGCAUGGAGAUUGAGGGGAGAGAUUUCAUGAACACUCCCCCCUUGAAGACGGUGCGGUUUGGGGGAAAUGUUGUUGCCACGUUAGCGAAAUUCAAACAGGGAGAUACCAGUGACUAUGAGUUGUUGAAACAUCAGCUGGCAGAUCCAGAUAUCAAGGAUGCCCAAAUCAUCAACUGGCUGCAGGAGUUCCGGAAUUGUGUGACACAACUCAGCAAAGACCAUGAGCAGCUGAUCUAUGUGGCUCUGAGGCUGCCGUGGCUGGGCCGAAGCCCUGCCGUAGUGGAGGAGUAUCUGGCCUUCCUCGGUAACCUGGUAUCUGCCCAGACGGUCUACCUCCGGGCCUGCCUCAAGAUGGUGGUCUCCAACUUCAAACCCAAGAGAGUGAAGAUCUGUGAGGGAGGAGUGGACAUCUCUGACUCGGAUGAUGACGAUGAAAACCUUCCAAGAAGUUUUGACCAGUGUCACCAGGCCCUGCAGCUGAUUGGCAGAUAUGUCCCAUCCACCAGCUGUUUCCUGAUGCCCAUUCUGAUUGACAACUUUCCUUUUGUGCAGAAAUCUUCCAGAACCCUGGAGUGUUAUGUCCAUAACCUUCUGCGGGUGGCGGUUUACAUCCCCUCUCUACGACGAGACGUCCUGGAACUCAUCAUCAGUAGGAUGCUCAAACUGGACGUGAGUGCUCCCCGGGGAGAGAUAGAGGAGGUGGAGGAGAAUGCUGUGCAGCAGGAGUUGAAAGGAGAGCAGGAGGAGGAGGGCCUCUUUGACAUGGAUGAGGAUGUGUGUUCAGUGAAGUCCAGUCCAACAGGGACCAAUGUGAUGGUCCACCCUGUUGCUGAGAGACUGGACACUCUCAUGGUUGUGCUGCUGGCCUUCAUCAAGGACAUGUGCCACGUCAACGGUUGUCUGGAUGUGGAGCGGACUAAGGAUCUGUACAAGGACCUGGUGUGUGUGUUUGAUAAACUUAUCCUACCUACACACGCCUCCUGUCACGUCCAAUACGCCCUCUUCUACCUCUGCAGCUUCAGACUGGCUCUGGCAGAGGCGUUUCUGGAACACCUGUGGAGGUUACUGCAGAGCCCGUCUCACCCGGCAGUACUGCGCCAAUCUGCCGCUGGCUACAUGGGUAGCUUCCUGGCCCGUGCCAACUUCCUGCCCGUCGCUACGGUACGUGCGUGUCUGGACCUGCUGGUCCCCUGGCUCCACCUAUACAUAGACAGCCAGGACUCCGGCUCCCGGGCCUACUGUGACAUCACGCUACACGGGCCCUUCUACAACGCCUGCCAGGCUGUCUUCUACACACUCAUCUUCAGACACAGGAGCAUCUUGGAGGGCAACAUGAAGAAAGGGCUGGCGUACCUGCAGAGUCUGAACCUAGAGAGGAUAGUGAUGUGUCAGCUCAACCCUCUGAAGGUCUGCCUGCCUGCCGUCACCAACAUGUUUGCUGCCAUCACCAGAAAGUACCAGUUGGUGUUCUGCUACACCAUCAUCGAGAGGAACAACCGCCAUGUUCUCCCCGUGGUCCGCAGCUCCGUGGGGGGCGACUGUGUGUCCACCAACACCAACCCCCUGGACAGUUUCUUCCCCUUCGACCCCUACGUGCUCAAGAGGUCAAGUCAACUAAUCGAGCCCCUCUACCAGGUGUGGGAGGAGCCAGCAGACACUGAGGUGGACACCGUCACCACCAAGAGAGUCAGACUGUGCUCUGAUGCAGAUGAGGAUGACUUCCUGCGAGGGGAGACGCCGGAGACAAAGGGGGUGAUGGGUAUGACCCCUGGCUCGUAUGAGUCACACCUCCACAGCCCCAGCAGUGUGGGCUCGCCGCCCAUCUCCUUCCUACAGAGACCCUAUCAUCACUGAAGAGAAGUAUCAGUCGGAACCAUCUACAAUCACCACCCCAUCAAGAACCUACUCCAGGACGCAAAAGAUUAUGAACACAAAGUGUACAAUGCGUGGCUAGAGCUAUUCAUUUUAUAAUAAUUGUUCUAUGUUAUAGCAGUUAACAUGUUAUAACUGGUUAAUAGUGAAUAAGUUAAUUUAACUCCACUAUGGAAAGAAAAUGUAUUUGUUUUAUCUAGGAUGGGAAAAUCGAAAGAUUUUUGUGUUCUCAGCGAAGGUAACUGUAUUUACAAAAGAGAAUUCUGACACUUUCAAUGGUUCAUUGAUUAUGGA